GUUGCCAACACGGACCUCAGAUAUAUUUUUGUUCUCACAAUCCAACUAUCUUUCCAACCAAACCAGAUCUAUGACGAGUGCUAACAAUAAUCGAAUCAACUAUCCCUUGUCUUCCAGUUCAUCUGAGAUUCUUCAGCAAGUGGCAGGCCUCAAUGACCAAGGUAUCUGUCAACUGAUGGUACACGAUACUCGCAUUGCUCUGUCCUACUUUACCAAGGCACUGACCAUCCUCCAGCAAGAGAUUAGUAAGGCACAAGAAGAUGCUGUCAGCAAUGAAGAUUGGAUGCAGUCUCCCAUUUGCCUUUCCGCAUCCAUCCCAGGACUGCUCAAUGAACAAGCGGAUGAAUCUGGAGGACUCUUUGUCCACAGCAAAGCAUUUUCUUUGCAGAUCAUUGGCAAUGACAUCUCCUCUGUGCCAGGAACUCAGCACCUGGCAGCCAUGGCCAUCCUCUUCAAUAUUGCUCUAACCUAUCACCUUCAUGGCGCCAAGCACCAACAGAUGGCGUGUGUUGAGAAAGCCUUUCGAUUCUAUCAAGUUUGCAGUGGAGAGAUCAUAUCAUCCUCUGCGGUUAUUAUUGAUCCAACGUCUUGUCUGUUUGUUAGUUUGGCGUGCCGCAACAACCAAGCCCAGAUACAAUACCAUUAUCUUGGAAACAAGGCAAUGGCUGCUCAAUUGGCCUGUCAGCUGCAACAGCAGUUGAAACUUUUUGCUGUGGUCACUACUGAUGCUUGUAAAGACAACAACAAUGUUGUGCAACUUAUUGACGAGAUGCUCUUGAAUGUUCACAUGCUUAUCCGUGCCAGAUCCAUGGCAGCAUCAGCAGCGUGAGACAACUGAGCGAUACUACUGUAUAGGCUAAUAUUGCCUCGUAGGAUACCGGUACCUGCUGCCGGUAGUUACACAU